GUCCAUAGUGGAUCAUAGUGAUCAAUUUAUUUACCGUUUGGUUUCGGAUUGUUCACCUAACGACCUGAUUAAGAUGAAGUUAUUCACUUAGGAUAUAAUGUAUAGUUUGAAUGCACAAGGGAAAAUCUCGUUAAGGAACUGUAACAUGACAGAUUUACUGAUAUUGUAUGUGUAGUAACUCGUAAAAGUAAUACGGUAUAUAUGAAAAGGAGCCAAUAUGGACGCAAUAAAGGUGGAGCCUGAUUCAGAUGGCGAAGCAGCAGAGUUACAUGUUUAUGACCAGGAAAAUGUCUCUCAAGAGGAUGGAGUGCCACAGCCUUUUGCAUUUGCAGCAGUGAAGGUGGAAGUUGAGCUGGAUCCCCAAGAAGUUGUCGAAGUGAAAGUAGAGCCAGAUGUUGAAGAAAGCUUUCAGGACCACAAUACUGAUAGAGAUGAAGUUGGUUCACAGGACUUGAGAAGUCAGUAUGCUGCAGCCAGUGUUGGGAACUGUCCAAGUGAGUGGCCCCACAAAUGUUCAGAAUGUGGAAAAUCUUUCCCAACAUUUGCUGGUGUGCAGAAACAUUCAUACAAGCAUAAACCAAAGUCAUUUUCAUGCGAUGUUUGUGGCCAGAGCUUCUAUCAUCCCAACUUACUGAAGACACACAGGCUGGUACACACCGAUGGAAAGCCUUAUUUAUGUGAAGUAUGUGGCAAAAGCUUCUUGCAGGCCUCUAAUUUAAGGUUACAUUCUGUAAAGCACAAAGGGGAAAAGAGUCAUGAGUGUAAAAUGUGUAAAAAGAGGUUCUUCCAUGCAGAUACACUGAAAACUCAUUAUAUGAUUCACAGUGGUGUCAGACCUCAUGUGUGUGAAAUUUGUAAUAGGAGAUUUACUCAAGCUGGUAAUCUGAAAACCCACAUGUUGGUGCAUACAAGGGAAAAACCAUUUGAGUGUUCCGUUUGUGGUAAGGGUUUUGCCUUGCGUCAUGCAUUAAGCAGUCAUCAGACUCUCCAUACUGGAGAGAAGCCGUACAAGUGUGAUGUGUGCAGUAAGCAGUUCAGACAUCGUCAGGCACUUAUUAAUCAUCAAAAACUUCACACAGGAGACAAGCCAUAUGAGUGCGACAUAUGUCGAAAAAGAUUUGCAUUACGCGGUAAUCUUCAGAAGCACAUUGUUAUGCAUAUGAGUGAGAAACCUUACAAUUGCACUUUUUGCUCAAAAAGAUACUCUGACACACAGUCUUUGAAAGAACAUGUUGCUUCUCACGUAGAUAAGAAGUAUAAAUGUAGUGAGUGUGAUGAGCAAUUUCCAAGUCUAGAGGCACUGGAAGAGCAUUCUGAUGACCACAAGGGAGAGAUCGUUGUAGGCUUUUAAGUAAUUAUGAAGUUCAUAUUGGUACUUCAUGUUAUCUGUCAAGCAAAUCUUGUGGUUUUUUCCUCAGUGAACUGUUUAGAGAAUUGUGUGGAAUGACUAAAAAUUUAGACUUAAUAUUUCAUUCCAGUAGAAUGUGCUGGUAUAAACGAUUGACCUUUUGUGUUAAAUGAAAUUUGUGACGAGUAAUAAUACUACAGGAAAUGAGUAUGAAAUAAAACUGAGGAAGUUAG